AUGGAAAGGCAUUGGGAUGCUUCAAAAAACUAUAGACUAUUUGAGAUCACAAAUCCCGAAUCAACAGUGGAUAUCCUAGCCAAAUGGAAGCAGUAUAAGAACCCGAUUGGCUUUAAAUUGAUCAAUAUGGAUUUCAAACACCUAUAUCCUAAAGCUGAGAGUUUAUUAUUAAAAUAUGAUGAUUUUUCUGUAAAAAUUGUACCCAUUUUUGAAAACGAAAUAAAGGAUCCAACUAGUCGCCAGACCUUAAGCGAAAUGAUGAAUAAUGGAAAAAAUUUACCCGAAAAUGGACGUGCCUGUGGCAUUUUUUAUUUAAUUCACAGCCUUCUUAUACCAACAGCUAAACUCAUCACUGGCAGUGGAUCACAGAAGGCCAUUACUCGUUUUUCUAUUCCAAGCUAGCUUUCUUUUAGUUGGAUCAACUGUAGCGGCAUGCGACGGAGGCAAAAACAAAAAAAAAAAACAUUCAACCACUUGUCCUUGUAACUGGAAUAAUUUUG